AUCAAGGUAUAUUUAUCACUGUAACGCGAUUGAUAAGUUGUGGUCAUUGUACUCCCUGUUGUGAUAUUUCCAAUAAAAAUAUUAAUUCAGUGAUAACAAAAGCAUUGUUUUUACAGACUUAACGCAUCUUAUGCAAGUGCCACAACGUGUGAAACAAUAUGUUGGGAGGCGUCAAGCUUAAAGUAACGUUUACUCAUGAAAAGACUUGCUUUGCUUAUAUCAGUCCAAAGUACAGCACAAAUAAUGAACAGACACAAUGCGUCCAAGUUCUCUGCAGAGACAAGCAGAUCCUACUAUGGGUGGUGUUCAACAGUGGUGUUCCAGAAGGUCACAUAGCCUGCAAUCCUAUAUACAGCAGGAUGGUGGGGCUAGAGGAGGGGGCUGAUGUCUUUGUGUCUCCGUACACAGAUCUUAAGGUGCUGAAUGAGCUGUAUGUGGAGACUGAUAGUCCUGAUGACCAGGAAAUAUUAGAACACAAUGUAGAACUACUACAAAUGCGGAUACUAGACCAAUUGAGACUAGUUGUAGCUAAUCAAAAGACAGUAGUUUGGAUCUCAGCGUCUUUACCAAUAGUGUUCACACCAAAACAGACAGGCAUUCUUGUCAACCAUAGCCAAAUUAUUGUGAAAAUGGAUGCUUUUAACAGCAUACAUCCUUUCCCUUCUACACCAGUCAAUGUUCCCGUUCCCAAAGAUAAUGAACAGUUUAAAAACAUAGGUGCUAUAAACAAAGGAAUGUUAGCUCCAUAUUUAAAUGUAGCAAAAAGGUUAGUUCUAAGAGCAGUACCCAUAGACAGUGAUGGCAAAAAGAAUUUGAUACACCCAUACACUGUAUUCAUACAUGAAGACUUUAUAGAUGAAAAGUAUAAGAAUUUAACUAUAAUACUUGCUACAAUGACUAAUAUACCAUCAAUUUUAAAUGAGAGCGAUGAUGAUAGUGAGAAUAAUAAUGUUUCAAUUAAUGAUGUGUGUGUAGAAAUAGUUCCAAUUGACUCUGUGAUAUACAGAAGUUUGUGCAGGGAGGUACAUAACAAAAACAUACCUACAGUACUUAUACCAAAACCUUUAAAUGCUAUAAUUAAUAUUGAGAACGGAAUGAGAAUAAUCUUCACUCUAAUAGCUGACAAUAUUGAAGAACCGGAACACAUAGACAUAAUAACAUAUUCAGAUCAGAUACAGUCAGAAAUGGAUGUGGUAGAAAAAUUCAAGAACUGCGUUAUAAAAAGCACACAUUCUGGCAAGCGGUUCCUUAUAAACAAUGGUAUGAUAAAGCAGAAUACAGAAAUAACACCAGGAUUUUUACAGUUCAAGGUAAAACCGGAUAAGUUGAAGUUUACAAUGCUAGAUCCAGGGUCUUUUAGGAACUGUACGGUAGCUGCUAAGUGCUCUAGUGAGACAGAUAUGGCUUUACCAAAAGCUGUCAUGUCUAAGAUGGAUUAUGAUUAUAAAAAUUACUGUAGGUCAAUGAAAUCUAUGGAGGCGUUGAUUGAGAAGGUUUUGGCACAUGUUAACUUUGAGAUACAUAGAGAGGCCACUUUUAAAGGUGCUUCUGAGAUCAAGAGUAAUGUUUUAAUUACUGGUCUAAGUGGCACAGGAAAAUCUUCAUUCUGCCAGAUAAUCCAAAAAGAAUUGACUGUCUGGUCGCACAUACUACAAUGCCGUUCUCUCAGAGGUCGUAAGGACAUUACUGAGGUGCUUGGGAAGGCUAUACUGAUGUGUCAGGAACAUAGUCCAGCUGUGCUUAUAUGUGAUGAUGUGGAUGCUUUAGUGCCGCCGAAUAUGGAAGGCGCUUCGCCUCAGGAUAUUGCUUAUUAUCAGAGACUAGCAGUAGUAAUAAAGCACCUCCUACAAACAUGUUCAGGAGUAUGCGUGCUAAUGACAUCACUCAGUAUGAAAGACUUGCACCCCACGCUGCGCCAAUUCAGCGGGAAGCCGCUGUUUACGGCACAGUUUGACGUGCCCGAGUUGGAGAAGACAGAAAGAACGGAAUUAUUCAAGCACCUUCUCAACGACAAGAUACGGCAGGAGUUUGAGAUAGAAGACGAUGACGUCAUCAAACUGGCCAUGGAUACCGCCGGCUUUAGCGUUAGGGAUAUCAUUGAUUAUUUGAACAAGAAGAUAUUUAAAGCUGUUAAGAAGAAAAAAUCGAACCCAAAUGAGCCCAAGCCUCGUUUAGUAGAAGACAUAACGAAAGACGAGGAGAAGGCUAGCGAGUUCGAUAUCUGGGGACCAGUCGGAGGUCUGGAGGAAGUCAAGCAAGAGCUCACUGAGUGCAUAUUCUGGCCUAUUAUGUAUCCAGCACUAUUCCCGUCUCAAUCAUGCGGCAUCCUGCUAUACGGGCCGCCCGGCACCGGCAAGUCCCACAUCGGCUCGUGCUUGGCCCGACUCACGAAUAUGAACAUGAUCACUGUGAAGGGACCUGAGUUGCUCUCCAAGUAUAUCGGACAGAGUGAGAAGGCUGUUAGGGAUAUUUUUGACAAGGCAGACAUGAAGAGGCCCUGUAUACUGUUCUUCGACGAGUUCGACAGUCUCGCGCCCAAACGCGGUCACGACUCAACUGGAGUAACAGACAGAGUAGUAAACCAGCUGCUAGCUCGGCUGGACGGCGCGGAGGGGGGCGCGCGGGGCCCCGUGCUGGCGGCCACGUCGCGCCCCGACCUCGUGGACCCCGCGCUGCUGCGCGCCGGCCGCCUGCAGCGCCACGUCUACUGCGCGCUGCCUGACCAACGAGGCCGGCACGAAGUUCUCCGAACAUUAACGAAGAGCGUCCAAGUAGACGAGGCAGUGGAUUUGCAAGAUUUAGCGGCUCGGACUGAAGGCUACUCGCCGGCAGACCUCAAGUCCAUACUGGUUACUGCUCAACUAACUAGGCUGGAAACGCAAUUGACGGCGAAUGAAGAAAAGUCGAUGGAGUCUGUAGUGGUGUAUAAGGAAGAUAUAGAGAGUGCCUUAGCUGAGACCAAGCCUUCUCUGUCAAUACAGCAGAGACUAUUCUACGAUAUGAUAUAUAAGAGAUUCCGAGGCGAGAGUUUGACAGAUGAACAGAAGAUAAUAUCCAAAUUCCAGCAGAAGCAGAGAGUCACGCUAGCUUAAAAUAAAUUCACUAAACAAUAAAAUAAAACGCCUUAUAACGUAGUAUUGCAAUAGACCAAUUCAAUAGAUUUGAAUAAAAAAACUAAGAGCUGAGUACACAUAAAACUUGAAAAAGGCAACCCGAUACCACUUGAUAUGACUGGUUGUCAGACUUUCUGGGAUCUGACUACCUGUAAAAACUUACACAGAAGUUCAUAUGACAACCGGGCGGGGCCUACCACUUAGCCAAGAUGAUAAUAUCGGUUUUCACCUUUACCAUGCUUUUACCAUGUGCCUAUUAACGUACUUAGGUAUACUAGUAUUGUUAAAGUAUUGUAGAAACGUGUAGUCUUUGCACAGCUAGCUGAUUUAUGUGAAGUGCUAAUAAAAUAAUGAAAUGUGAUAAAAUAUUCACUGCUAGCUUAAAAUGACGUAGGUAAUGUAAAUUGUAAUAUUCUUUUUGGUGUCCACCUUUUUCUCAAAAGAGGUUCGAUUUUGUUUUCAAGUUAAUAGUAACAAAAACAAAUAUUCAUUGCUACUAUACAAAAUCAGUUAUCAAUAUAUUUGUAGAUGAUGUAGACAUAUUUAUUCUUUAGAUCUACAUUUUAUCUAAGCUUGUUGAAAUGUUGGAAAGUAAAGGUUUAUGCACACCGUGUUUUUUGACGUCGCGCGUUUUUGAAACGUGAUCUUAUUUCUACCUUUGUAAAGCUACAAACGUGCGUUUUAAAAAACGUGGUGUGUACAGGCUCUUAAGUUGUUAACUUAGUAAGUGCUUUAAGCUGUGAUGUAAACUAGUAAUAGUAGGUGCUAGGGUUAAUAAAUAAGCGGAAAUACUUAAGUUUGUUUGUUUGUAUAUUUUGUUGCGAAUUUUAUGUUUAAUUUAUUGAAAGAAAUAAAUCGGUAUUUUAUUUUACAA